AGCGAUCAGUUAUUGCCGCCCAGUCAAAGAGAGCUGAACACGAAAUGCUGUUUUUAAUAUACUUGCUGAGCGCCAUAUCAGCUUUGCUGGUGUACUUGCUGCACCGCAACAUGAACUACUGGAAGAGCCGGGGAAUACCUCAGGAGCCGCCACAUCUCAUCUAUGGCAAUGUUGUCGGGUUCAGAAAGACCCGCGUGCUCAACGAUCUGGUGAUUGAAUACUACAACAAGUUCCGCAAGAGCGGACAUCCCUUUGUGGGCUUCGCCUUUAUUCAAAAACAAAGCGCCUUCAUUAUGGACACCAAACUGGCAAAGAAUAUUCUCAUUAAGGAUUUCACGAACUUUGCCGAUCGCGGACAGUUCCAUAACGAACGCGACGAUCCCCUCACUGGACACCUCUUUAAUUUGGAUGGCAAGCGAUGGAAAAUAAUGCGCCAGAAACUAUCACCAACUUUCACAUCCGGCAAGAUGAAGUUUAUGUUCCCCACAGUCAUCAAAGUGUCAGAGGAAUUCGUAGACGUAAUGAUGGAGAAUGUUCCAGCUAAGACUGGAGGAGCCAUCAUUGAAAUCAAGGAUCUGAUGGCACGCUUCACAACCGAUGUCAUUGGCACUUGUGCUUUCGGCAUCGAGUGCAAUACCCUUCGUACACCAGUAACUGAUUUCCGUACUAUGGGCCAGAAAUCUUUCACCGAAAUGCGACAUGGAGUUCUGCUAACGGCAUUUGAGUUUAGUUUUCCGAGUCUGGCAAGAAAACUGCGUAUGCGCAUGAUUCCAGAAGACGUCCAUCAGUUCUUUAUGGGCUUGGUGAAAGAGACCAUUGCACUCAGGGAGAAGGAAAACAUCAAACGCAACGACUUUAUGCAGAUGCUCAUCGAGUUAAAGCAGAAGGGAAGCUUCACUCUGGAUAAUGGGGAGGUAGUCUCGGGAUUGGAUGUUGGAGAGCUCGCAGCUCAGGUGUUUGUCUUCUACCUGGCUGGCUUUGAGACUUCUUCUUCUACCAUGACAUACGCUCUGUAUGAGCUAGCCAAAAACACAGACAUUCAGGAUAGACUUAGGGAAGAUAUUAAUGAGGUCCUCCAGCAACACGAUGGAAAACUAACUUAUGAAUGCAUUAAGGCCAUGCGAUAUGUCGAUCAGGUUAUUUCUGAAACCCUCCGACUGUACACUCUGGUGCCUUUCCUCGAGCGAAGAGCUCUUAAUGAUUAUGUUGUACCUGGCCAUCCCAAAUAUGUCAUAGAGAGGGGAACACAAAUCAUUCUUCCUGCUGCUGCCUACCAUCGGGAUGAAGACCUUUAUCCCGAACCAGAGAAAUUCGAUCCAGAGCGAUUCUCGCCCGAGCAAGUGGCAGCUCGUGAUUCAGUUGAGUGGCUGCCCUUUGGGGAUGGACCCAGAAAUUGUGUGGGAAUGCGCUUCGGCCAAAUGCAAACACGAAUUGGUCUGGCCCAGCUGAUAAGGAACUUCAAGUUCACAGUUUGCGAUAAGACUGAUAUACCUCUUACUUAUGAUCCGAAAUCACUUAUAAUAGGCACGAUUGGAGGCAUUUACUUGCGCGUCGAACGUGUGUAGAAUUUAAAAUUCUUUUAAAGAC